AGCACAAACAUGCGAACGUAGCUCACACGAGUUUUGGCACACCUGCAAACCUCACGUAAGCCGAAAAACAAACCGCACCUCGGUCACCGGAGGGGAAAAAAAUCACAACUUAAGCGGGCAUAAAGACACUUGAGAAGGUGAAAGGGAGCGGUGUGCUUCCUCAGUACUAGAUAACACCAACCUAAUGAUUUCCUUUGAAUGGAUUAAUGCUUAUGUGAACUCCAGUUGAUCAUCAGACUGAAUCUUCACACGCGGGAGGCAUGCCACACACAACUUUCGUGGCAGUCUUCCUCAACUAUGAAGAGAGGACCUGAAGAUGCCACACCAAAGAGUAACAACAUGCAGUGAUGGAAACCCAUCUCCACUGGCAACAUGAGUCUGUUAGACCAGCCUUGUCCAUCAGUAUCCUCUCUCUCCUUUGAGUCCUUCCCCAUGAACAUCUCCACCCAUCCCCCUCAGUACCUCUCCAACCACUCCAAUGCAACUGGUGCACCAGUUGCAAAAGCCUUCACCUGGGAGAUGGUUCUGAUCCUCCUCAUAACUGGACCCUUGUCUGCUGUCACCAUCAUCGGCAACCUUCUGGUCAUAAUCUCCUUCCGUAUCAACUCCCGCCUUCGGACAGUCAGCAACUACUUCCUGUUGAGCUUAGCUGUGGCUGACCUCAUCCUGGGCGCAGUGUCCAUGAACCUCUACACAACCUACAUCCUGAUUGGCCGAUGGGCCCUGGGCAACCUAGCCUGUGACCUCUGGUUGGCUGUCGACUACGUGGCCAGCAAUGCCUCUGUAAUGAACCUGCUCGCCAUCAGCUUCGACCGUUACCUGUCCGUCACACGACCUCUGACCUACAGAGCCAAAAGGACCCCAAAGAGGGCGGCCAUCAUGAUUUCCUUGGCGUGGGGGGUGUCUCUGAUGAUCUGGGCACCCCCCAUCUUGUUCUGGGAGGACAUUGUGGGUGAAAGGAAGGUUCCAGAAGGUGACUGCUCAGUUCAGUUCUUUCAUGUGCCGGCGAUGACGUUUGUCACAGCCAUUGCGGCGUUCUAUCUGCCGGUCACCAUCAUGGCGGUGCUGUACUGGAGGGUCUACCGUGAGACCGAGCGUCGCUCAAAGCAGCUCGCCGGCCUGACUGGCACAGUGACCACAGCCCUGGUUGUCACAUCACAGGCCUCAGUGCAGCAGUUCUCCCAGUCCAGCAGUAGCACUGCCAGCAGUUCUGGAGAGGCCCACGCCCAGAGCCCCACCCAGGCAGAGGUAGGUGGGUUAAGCAGAGGAGAGGUGACCGGCUGCUGGAUCACAUUCCUACACUGUCUCAAGGGCGAGAGGAGCGGGCAAGUGAGGGACGCGGGGUCCUCCACCUCCCAAAAGCAGAGCAGCUGCACCCAUGACAGCAACAGCAGCCUGGACAGCAUCAGUGGUGACCGCAAUGAUGAGGACUUCAAUAGAAGCGUGCAGAUGCCCCUGGUCCAGGUGGGUGAUGGGAGGGAGGGUCUCACAACACCUGAACAUCCUCCCACCGUCCGCGGGCGCGGCAACCAAUCGUCCGUCCGCCCCUACUCGAUCUCCCUCCUGGCGGCGGCGACGACGUGCAGCGCGUCGAAAACCUUACAGAAGCUGCGCGGCGGCUCCUCGCUGAUCCGGGAGCGGAAGGCGGCGCGCACCCUCAGCGCCAUCCUGCUGGCGUUCAUCGUCACGUGGACGCCGUACAACAUCAUGGUGCUGGUGUCCACCUUCUGCGAGAGCUGCGUGCCCGAGCAGCUGUGGCAGCUGGGAUACUGGCUGUGCUACGUGAACAGCACGGUCAACCCCAUCUGCUACGCCCUCUGCAACCAACACUUCCGCGUCACCUUCAAGGAGCUGCUGCUGUGCAAGUGGAGCGGCAACAGGAGGAGGAAGAAGAGGUGGGUGAGGCCAGGGGUAGGGUGAGGGGAAUGUCACAGAUGCUGAGGAUGGAUUGCACACACCCCUCUCUUCUCAUUUCACUCCUUUGUGGACGCUGAUGGACGUCACCGUUUGAACAGCCCGCGGUGCAAGACGACACAAAGCAAGACGCCUUUGUAUGUACCACUAUCAUGACGUGAUGACUUUACAGCAACACAGGACCAGUAGUAGACAUGUGGGUAUUUCUUUGAGAUCAAUGUUGCACAAUGUUGUAUUUUUCCUCACCGUUUUCUUAUCAAAACCCGACAACCGUCUUGCCAUAUGACUCACAGGAGUAUUUUUGUGCACUGAAUACUUGAGGAUUAUCAGCAGCUGAAGCCGAGCAUCAUCCCGGUAUACUGUGAGAAGCUGAUCCUUCCGCUGUGACAAACUAAAGUACUUCUAAAGUGCAAAGACUGUCAGCACUCCAUAUAAAAUGAUUCAAUAUUGCAGAACAUUAUGUGAAUGUAUAUGCACAGACGUUCAUUUUAAGUAUAAGGUGGCUGUAUACAAUGAUGUCACAGAUUCUACAACUUUUUUUGACAGCUGUAAUCCAAGAGCUUUAAAAACUUCUUUUUAUUCAAUUAUUUUGUGAACAUCCUGUAUGUUUUUCCUUUUGCAAAAUGUGAUAAAAAAAUUAGGCAUAUUUUUCAGUCCCAUGAAUACUUUAAUAGGAGGAAAAGAUAAUACAAAGUAAAAAACAAACAAAAAAACACAUUCAUUUACUUUAAUGAACAAAUACAAAAAUAUGAUAUACCACCGAAAACACUAAAAA